AUGCUCAAUUAUGCUCUUCGAACACUGGACGCUGAUGCAAUUAUUACUAUGGGUUUUUUUAUGUGUCAUCUGCAUCAACAAAUUCAACAACUGUACGAACAACAGCUCAGCAUCUAUGUUGGAGAAAAAUUUAUAGUUGAUCGAGGACAAGGUCUUAUGAAAUCAGACUUUCAAAAACUUCAGAAAACAAAAGGUGGACUUAUGUCAUUUAACAAUUUCUUGUCCACGAGUAAAGAUAAACAAGUAUCUCUCGAAUUUGCUGAAUGUGCUUCGACAAAACCGGAUACGGUUGGCAUUCUCUUUAUAAUGACGAUUGAUCCUUGUAUUAAAUCAAUACCAUUUGCCUCUAUUAAAGAAAAGAGUUAUCUUCAGGAAGAAGAAGAAAUUCUCUUCUCAAUGCACACCGUCUUUCGAGUGAAUACAAUCACACAAAUGCACACUGUGAAUCAACUUUAUGAAGUUCAAUUACAAUUAACAUCAGAUGAUGAUCAAGAACUACGAUUACUUACUGAUAGGAUACGGAAGGAAACUGUUGGUGAUAGUGGAUGGGAUAGAUUGGGUAAAUUAUUGCUAAAAAUUGGGCAACUUACUAAGGCUGAAGAACUUUAUAACGUAUUACUCGAACAAACAUCUGAUGAGGAUGAAAAAGCGAUUUACUAUGAUCGGUUGGGACAUGUCAAAGAUGGCCAGAGUGAUUAUAAAAAGGCUAUUUGGUAUUACGAGCAACGACUUGAAAUUGUACAAAAAUUUCUUCCUUCAGAUCAUCCUGAUUUGGCUACUUCAUACAACAACAUCGGUUUGGUGUAUGAUCACAUGGGAGAAUACACUAAAGCACUUUCAUUUUACGAAAAAGCACUUGAAAUCUGUCAAAAAACUCUUCCUUCAAAUCAUCCUUCAUUGGCUACUUUAUACAGUAACAUUGGUUUGGUGUAUGACAUGAUGGGAGAGUACUCGAAAGCACUCUCAUUUUAUGAAAAAGCACUUGAAAUUGAAGAAAAAACUCUUCCUUCAAGUGAUCCUGAUUUGGCUACUUCAUACAACAACAUCGGUUUGGUAUAUAAAAAUAUGAAAGACUAUUCGAAAGCACUAUCAUAUUAUGAAAGUGCUCUGGACAUAUUACAACGUGCAUUACCUCCAACUCAUCCUAAUAUAAAAACUGUGAAGAACAAUAUUGAAAUUCUAAAAAAGAACUUAUAA